ACUUAAGUUUCAUUAGUUUCUUCUUCUUCUUCUUCUCAAGUACUAGUAGGUAGGUAUGUCAGGCGUUUGGGUCUUUAAAAAUGGUGUAGUUCGACUAAUUGAGAAGGGCAGCAAUGAGCAAUCAUCCAGUAGCGGUCGUCGACGAAAGGUUCUGCUCCACAUCCCGACCAACAAAGUCAUCACUUGCUAUGCAACCUUGGAACGCAAACUAAUGAGCUUAGGGUGGGAGAGGUACUACGAUGACCCCAACCUCCUUCAAUUCCACAAGCGAUCCUCCCUCGACCUCAUCUCUCUUCCCAACGACUUCACCUGCUUCAAGUCCAUGCACAUGUACGAUAUCGUCGUCAAGAAUCGAGAGACAUUCAAAGUCAUCGACAUCUAGAUGAUAUAUCGAUGCAUGCAUGAUCCAUCGAUCGAGAUGAAGUUGAGAAACGGAGCAUGCAUAUAUAGACAGUACUGUCAAGCUUGUUCAUUCUCGUGCGCGCAUGUAUGUGUGUGGACCUUUUCCUCUCUUUAAUUUGGUCGAUAUAUGCAUGUUAGUCGUACGUACGUGUGCAUAUCUAUCUAAUAAUCCCAAGUUACGUUGUAAUCUCUGCAGUAAUGGUCUUGCUUAAUUAUAAUUGAAUAUAUAUAUGUUAA